AUGCAUCGCACCUAUUCUAUGCGCCAAUCGCGCGCCCCUACGGCUUCUCAGAUUGAAAAUCCUCCACCACCACCUUCUUCCACAAAGAGUGGCCGCCUGUUCGGUCGAUCCAACUUCGGACAUGCCUUCCGAAAAGGAACUGCCGGCGCCUUUGGGCCAGACCUUGCAAAGAAGCUUUCCCAGCUCGUCAAGAUGGAGAAGAACGUCAUGCGCAGUAUGGAGCUGGUUGGUCGAGAAAGAAUGGAGGUCGCUCAACAACUGUCCAUCUGGGGCGAAGGUUGUGACGAGGAUGUUAGCGAUGUCACGGACAAACUCGGAGUCCUCAUCUACGAGAUCGGAGAAUUGGAAGAUCAAUUUGUUGACCGUUAUGACCAAUAUCGUGUGACCAUCAAGUCAAUUCGCAACAUUGAAGCUUCGGUGCAGCCUUCUCGAGACCGGAAACAAAAAAUUACCGACCAGAUUGCCCAACUCAAAUACAAGGAACCAAACAGCCCGCGGAUCGUUGUUCUUGAGCAGGAACUUGUCCGUGCCGAAGCGGAAUCACUCGUGGCCGAGGCACAGUUGUCAAACAUCACUCGUGAGAAGCUCAAGGCUGCUUUCACCUACCAAUUUGAUGCGAUCCGCGAACACUGCGAAAAGGUAGCUAUCAUUGCUGGGUAUGGCAAGCACUUGCUUGAACUCGUCGACGAUACUCCGGUGACCCCUGGCGAGACCCGAACCGCAUAUGAUGGCUACGAGGCUUCCAAGGCCAUUAUUCAGGACUGCGAAGAUGCAUUGACCAACUGGGUGACAUCCACGGCCCAGGUCACCUCGAAGCUCUCGACCCGUUCACGCACACUCAGCCAAAGACGGAAGAGCAAUAUUGCCCACCGCGAGGGCGUGGAUUUGGCUGGCCAAGAUCCGCCGAUGAAGAAUGACCGCGACAGCUGGGUGCCUGCGGGACAACAUGGCGAAUAUGAGCAAGAGGAAGAAGAGGAGGAGGAGGAAGAGGAAGAAGCACCUGCUGGGACCAAUGGUGAGUCUCGACGUCGGACCGUGGAUGCCACGGCUGCAUAA